GACUAUGACGUAAUGUUUACAGAGGACUUAGCCCUCAUCUUUACAAUAAAGAGAAACUGAAACUAUACAUAACCCGAAGUCCUUACCUUUACUGAACAUCUUCUUCACUUUUUUGUUUUGAAUAACACACAGUUGGUUCUCCUGAUAAAAGACAGAGAUUCAUUAGAGAUGGCUGAUCACACAAAGAUGGAAGAAAGCCAAAACACAUCUAAUGUUCUGUGUGAUGCCUGCCAUGGAAAUCAAAAACUCAGCGCAGUAAAAUCAUGCUUGCAAUGUGUAACAUCCUUCUGUGAGACUCACUUGGAAAAUCACAAAACAGCAGCAAGGCUCAUAAAGCACAAACUGAUCGACCCUGUGGACAACCUGGAAGAUUAUAUCUGUGUAAAACAUGAAAAACCGCUGGAGUUAUUCUGCCGAGAUGACCGGACAUUCCUCUGUUCUAUCUGCAUAGAAAUAGGACACAAAGCACACAACAUUGUUCCUAUAGAACAAGAGAGUGGAGAUCAGAGGGCUCAGCUGGAAAAGACACAAGCAGAAGUCAAGAUGAUGAUCCAGGAUAGAAUAAAGAAGACAGAGGAGAUAAAAAGCUCUGAAAAGAACAACAACGUCAAAAGUCUCAUUGCUCUGAUUGAGAGAUGUCAAUCUGAGCUGCUGGAGGUCAUCUGGCAGAAGCAGAAAGCAGCAGAAAAGCAGGCUGAAGAGCUGAUUCAAGAGCUGGAGCAAGAAAUUUCUGAGCUCAAGAGGAGAGAGACGGCGCUGGAGCAGCUUUUACACACUGAGGAUCACCUGCACCUCCUACAGACUUGCUCAUCUGUGUGCAGCCUUCCACAAGUCAAGUCCUGGACUAGCAACAUUACUGAUCUGAACACAGAAAUCUUUAAGAAAGCUCUCCAGGGCCUUCAGGAAAACAUCAAAAUGGAACUGAAGAAAUUCUUUGAAAUCAGUUAGUAUUAGGGAAAAUAUAUACUCUGUUGUUUCACUUGUCUGUGUUUUUGUUUAAAUGCAAAUAACUUUUUUUUUUCAUAGUCCACUGUCCACACAGACCUUCAGUUGUUCAAGAGUCUUCUGCCUCAGAUUCUGAGAGUACAGAUUCUGUUCCCUCUCAUCCUUUACUGGUGUCUGAAUCUAUAGUGAUGGAGAAAAAAGAUAUUUCUGUUAUCCUGAGCACAAAGCAGGGCACUCUUACAGAUGUUUCAAAUACUACAACAAGCAAUGUUCAGACAGAAGACAAAAUUUACUUCAACAAGAGCAGCACUCCUUCACCAGAAAGAGUGGAAAAGAUUCAUAAAAAAGAUCUGAGUACAAUAAAGAAACUUUAUGCAGUGAAUGUGAUUCUGGAUCCUAAAACAGCUUACCCUAAACUCAUCCUGUCUAAGGACAGAAAACAAGUGAAGCAUAGUGGAUCCUGGAAAGAUGUUCCCAAUAACCCUGAGAGAUUUGACUCCUCUGCCUGCGUCCUAGGGAAGGAUGGGUUUUCCUGUGGGAAAAUUUAUUAUGAGGUUGAAGUCGGUGAAAAAACUGAAUGGGACUUAGGUGUGGCUAGAGAGUCCAUUGAGAGAAAGGGGAAAAUAACAGUGUGCCCAGAGAAUGGCUUUUGGUGUAUUUGGCUAAGAAAUGGAGGUGAAUAUGUGGCUAAUGAAUAUUGUCCUGUUCCUCUUUCCCUAAAAGACAAGCCCCAGAAGGUGGGGAUGUUUGUGGAUUAUGAGGAGGGUCUGGUCUCCUUCUACAAUGUAGGGACCAAAAAUCUUAUCUACUCCUUCACUGGUCAGUCUUUCACUGAAAAAAUCUUUCCAUUUUUCAGCCCUUGCAACAAACGAGGAGAUGUGAACACAAAGCCUCUGAUUAUCUACUAGUCAGUUAGUCUACUACCAGUUAUUGUAAUUAUUAAACAAUGUUUAUUUAAAAAAAAAAAAUAAUUAAUGCAACAAAUAAAUGACAGGGGUUACACAUUACCCUAAGAUUGAACCUCUAACCUUCCUCGGAGAGUGUGAAUUGAUUUGCUACAUCCAAAUAUCUGAAUGUUUGAUGAAUUAGAAUUACUAUACUUUAUUAUUUUUAUAUGUAACACACUUUUUUUUUUGCUUGUAUUGUGUUCACCCAUAGAUUAAUUACUUCCACUUGUAUGAUUUUCAUCUUUGGAUAAAA